UUCUAGGAGAACACCAUACUUAGCCAUGGUCAUGCCAUUGAUGAAGAAAUCAAAUCCACCAGUCGGCAGGUUUAGACAAUAUGCAUUACCACUGGCAUGUUUUCUUUGUACAUCAUCCUGUCUGGCUCUAUGGAGAUUGAAUAUUUGGAACCAAAUGUCACAAUUUCCACCCCCCAGACCUAAAACAGCUCCUCAUAAUAAUAAUACCAAUAAUUCUUAUGCAAUAUCCGCACUUGACAUGGAAAUCAGUGAUGAGGAGUGGGAAAGACUACAGAAGGCUCUCGACUGGCCUGGUCCAGAUGAUGAAAUCACUCAGCUGAGUCUGAGCACAAGUCCAGUCCACUCAACAUUCUCUAUUGUGGGACUCAAAAACAGUUACAAAGUGGGAGAAGACAUCUCCGUUAUUAUCACAGCCAGAGACCACAACAAAAACCUGAAAAGAUACGGAGGAGAUUUUUUCAAAGCAAAGCUUUUCAAUUCAAAGCUAAAGGCGAGUGUGUACGGGGAGGUUGUGGAUCAUCGUAAUGGAACUUACUCUGUUGCUCUUGUUCUGCCCUGGGAAGGUCAGGCACAAGUAUUUGUACGUCUUGAGCACUCCAGUGAGGUUGUGAAGAUUCUUAAAAAAUACAGGGAGUCUUCAUUCCCACGCAGCCACUAUAAUGGCCACUUUGAAGGGCCAGGACCCAAUGAAACCAGGAUCAGUGAAGUCGUACAAUGUAAUCUUAAGUGGGGUGGAGAUGGAAGUUGGAGGAAAGGCAACUGCUGCUGUGAGUAUAAGAAUUUAAAAACGGGGACAGUGUGGCAGUGUGAGAGACCGAAGAAACUUUCCUGUGACAAACUGGUUCAUCACUCGAGGGGAGGUUUGGAAAGUCCUUUAAAAGCUUUUGAGAAUCAACUUUUUACAAAGAAAUUAACAAAUGUUGCUAUUCCUGGAGACAAAAUAAACAUAAAUGUCCUUCCAAACACUGCAGGCAACGGCACAAUGGAGAGAUGCAGAUCUGGCUUGACAACACCAGUUCCUGCUGGGUUCUAUUUGAAAGAUGUUUGGAAGUCUUUUGUAUGCAACACUCAAAAAUUCAAUUCUUCACAAAUGGGAAAUUGUCUUAAAAAUAAGAUUGUCUACUUGCUGGGAGACUCCACCACAAGGCAGUGGUUUGAGUAUUUAGAAAGAAAUGUGCCAGGCUUAAAAAGAAUGGAUCUCCACACUCCUCGUACAGGUGGACCCCUGAUGGCUGUGGAGUUGAAAAAUAAUAUCAUUGUUCACUGGAAGCCACAUGGUGUUCCUUUGCGAUUUAUUAAAAUGCUCAUUACUGAUCUGCAUUAUAUUGCCAAUGAAAUUGAUGAAAUAGCUGGUGGUCCUCAUGCAGUUGUUGUCUUCACUAUCUUCGCCCAUCUGGUUUUUCACCCAAUAACAUUUUACAUUCAUGAAGUGGCCAAAAUCCGUCGGUCUGUUGUUGCACUGCUGAGUCGUGCACCACAGACUGCUGUCAUCAUCAAGUCUGGAAACACUGCAGGAGUAAAGAAUAUUUUUCAAAGUGAUUGGUAUGUGAUGCAGCUGAACACAGUGAUGCAAGAGAUGUUCAGAGAUAUUGGAGUAAUCUACUUAGAUGUAUGGCAGAUGACUUCCUGUCACUAUCUACGUGAAAAUAUUCACCCAGGACCUGUUAUCAUUGCUAAUGAGGUCAAAAUGUUUCUGUCAUAUGUCUGUCCUAUCUGAUUAUCUAAACAUUUACAAACACACAGCCCCAAGGAACAAUAUUUAUCUUGCUUUGUCAUCAAUAGCAAUGUUCAUACAAUGAGACAAUGUACAUAGAAACAGACUUGAAUGAACUGCUAACA